AUGUACUUCUUACCAGUAAUUUUGGUAAUCACUGCCUAUAUGCUCGCAGUUCGGGUCCUGCGAUACCGUCGCCGAGAUGGGUUCCAGCAGAGGUUCUCCCAGUACAAGACAAGAGAAGAAAUGGCUUCAUUGCCGUUGUCAGACGCAGCUUCGAUAAUGCGUGAGCUCUCGGACAGGGAAUUCCCCGUAACAUUUUAUACAUCCGUGUCUUUCGCACUCUUUAAGACGUAUGGAAUUCCGACGAUCUCCAAGCUCUUGGUAGCCACCAGCCAACUUUCAGGCGAUCGCACAGCAUCAAAGCGUCGAACAGACACCGGCGUGUUGAUGUACGAAAUCAUCUACAACACACCGGACUCUCGACGCAACAUAGAUGCCAUCUCUCGCGUCAACUUCCUCCAUAGCCGCUGGAGAGAGGCCGGCAAGAUAUCGAACGAUGAUAUGCUCUACACUCUCAGCCUCUUUGUCCUCGAACCUAUGCGCUGGACCGCACUGUACGAAUGGAGGGACCUGACCAUGUUCGAGAAGAAUGCCUUGGCUAUCUUUUGGAAAGACUUAGGCAACGAGAUGGGCAUCUCCUACGAGUGCUUAGUUCCUCACAUGAGCCAAAAAGAUGAUGCCUUAGCCUGGUUGGAAGCGCUGCAGAAGUGGUGCUUAGACUACCAAGAGCACAAUAUGGUCCACGCCAUCUCAAAUGAAAAGCUGGCACACGCGAACAUCACUCUUCUUUUGAUGGAUUUCCCUAAGUUUACGCAUAACUUCGUGUUCAGGCAAUUGCGUUGCCUGAUGGAACCUGUACUCCGACGAGCCAUGGGGUACGAGGACCCCAGCAAGUUGGACCUCUUCAUUUUCGAGAACCUGGUCGCUUUCCGACGCAAUGUCCUCAAGUACUUCUGUCUGCCUCGACCAAAAUGGUGGACCAACCCAAUGAUUCAAGACGUGGACAAGAAGACUGGCCGAAUGUACUUACCAAACUACCUCGCACACCCAUACUACGUCAAGCCGAGCUUCUGGUGGCGAUGGAGUCCUUCGGCUCUCUAUACCAGACUGAUUGGCGGACACUUACCUGGCGAUGAAGGCUCAAAGUAUCAUCCGGACGGAUACACCAUCCCGGAAGUUGGCCCUGACGCACAGAGAUGCAAAGGCAAGGAGUACAUGGAACGUACGAGAGAGAGAAUUAGUCAAGCUAGGGGUUGCCCCAUGGCUUUCCAGGCUUGA